GAGUUAAUCGGAUGGUAAAAUCUAUAUAUAUAUAUCAAAGCACAAAACUAUCGAUCCCAUUCCUCCAGUAAAAUAAAAAAGAACGAUGAGGAGGAAACCACAAAAUAAUGCUCGUCAAGUCCAACAAAUUCGCUCUGCCAGCUUUCUUACCGAAGCAUGAUUAGCAAGUCUCUCUGUCCUUGGCCCAGCGUAGUAAUGGAGUCCUGCUCGAUCCUCACGCAGCGGAGGGGAGGAGGGGGCAAUGCGAAUCAGUGCAUGAGGCUGCCGGGGGACAGGCGGGACCCCCCGUUUGUUCUCUUGUGCCCCUGCGUGUGCAUGCAUGUGUGCGCGCGCGUUGUAGGAUGGCACGGACAGUCAAAGAUAAAGCUCUCAUUUUGUUGGUGCCAGUGGCCAGCCGACGAGCAGUAUAAGGAAGCCAAAAGAGCUACAGCUCGUGCCUGCAGGUCGCCAUGGAGGGAGAGCAAGCUGCUGCGAGUGCGAGUCCUUCCAAAUUUACAAGGAUCUGCGUCUUCUGCGGAAGCAGCCAGGGGAAGAAGAGAAGCUACCAGGACUCGGCCGUGGAGCUCGGCAAUGAACUUGUAUCCAGGAACAUUGAUUUGGUGUACGGAGGUGGAAGUGUAGGCCUAAUGGGCUUGGUCUCCCAAGCUGUUUAUGAAGGUGGAAGGCACGUAAUGGGGGUCAUACCCAAGACUCUCAUGCCUCGAGAGAUUACCGGCGAGACAGUAGGGGAAGUGAAGGCAGUGGCAGGCAUGCACCAAAGGAAAGCAGAAAUGGCUAGACAUUCUGAUGCCUUUAUCGCAUUGCCUGGUCAGUGUCCAAUCUCUAGAGAAUGUUGCAUUCCAUUCCACUCCUUGGGUUUUCUGAUUGAAAUUCAAAUGCAAGGGGGGUAUGGUACGCUUGAAGAGUUGCUGGAAGUGAUAGCAUGGGCUCAGCUAGGAAUCCAUGACAAACCAGUAGGAUUGCUGAAUGUUGAUGGAUACUACAACUCCUUGCUGUGUUUCAUUGACAAAGCAGUGGAAGAAGGUUUCAUCAGCCCAAAUGCUCGCCAUAUUAUAGUUUCUGCUCCAACAGCUAAAGAAUUGAUGAAAAAGCUGGAGGUGAUUAUACAAGUGAAUGAUCUUACAGUCUCUAAUUCAUCUGGAGUUUUUUUUUUCCUCAAAGAAAGAAACUGCAAAUUCUUUCAGUUUUGCUUCUCAAUCAUUGCAAACCAGCAAAAGUAGACAAACAUGAGUAUUCAAAGACUUUAAGUACAAGGAAGUUUGUUUAUAUACAAUAACAACAAUCAAUCAAAGUCUUUAUCCCACUAAGUUAUUGCUAACUAAAUCUAAACAACAUAUGAACAAUAUGUUUUGUGUUAAUUAGGAGUACUUCCCUCGGCACGAGAGAGUUGCUUCUAAGAUGAACUGGGAGAUGGAGCAGCUUGGCUACUCCGAGUACCAGAUAUCGAGAUAGAGUGGAACUACAUAUACUUGAUGAGGUAGGGGGCAAGGAUAUGCAGCAACAAAUUGGUAAAGGAGAAGAGGAGAAAUCAAAAUGCAGCAACAUUUUAGUAGUCACAGCUGAAAUGCUUUUGGGAUUCUUUCUUUUGUAAAGUAUUGUAUGACAAAAGGCCUGAGUAUAUAUAUAUAAAGCUUUACUUUCUUCUUCCAUGGAUUGUUUGUUUGGGUUUGACCUUGCUUUAGAUUUCGUAAGCUGCUUAGAUAUUAUUAGCAUGCCACAAGUGAGAUCUCUUCCAUAAAAAUACAAGAAAA